CACUCGGUUACUGUCGUAGAAUAAUUUGUGGUGGCAUUGUCUUCACUAUUUUGACAUUGUUUAAAAACCUACAGUCCAUGUUUGCAGUUAAUUUUAUUCUAACGAACUUAUCGAUCAUCUUAAUUUCUGUGGGUACAGCAUACUUUUUUCAGUGUGGUGAAAUGAGAUAUCUGUUAAUUUCUGUCAGCUCGGCAGUUCUCAUCACAAUAAUAGUCGUUAUGAUAGGUAUGAAUUUAAGACAUUUGAAAAGAGAGGGAUGCUUUUUGCUCAUCUCAAUAUCUUGCAUGCUCGUCGUUUGGGGGAUCAUAGUUUUUUACAUUGGAUUAGCCAAGGACUCUAUUCUGUUUAUGGAAUUCGCUACAAGUGCCUGUUUGACGUGCGCUGCAACAAUCGUAAAUCUUACGCAGACGUUUAGUAGAGAAUAAAUCUUGUGAACAUGAAAAAUCAAGUUUUCGGUGUUAAUUAGGAAAAUACGAAUGCAUUCACUAAUUCCAAGUGUUUGUGAGAUGACCUACAAAACAAAUUCAUUUAAUGACUGUUCACUCCAGAUUUCAAUAUGGAUUAACGACCACACUGAAAUUAGAAAGUUGUGAGGAAGAUGUAUAGCUGAAGUCUAUAUUUUCGGCCUUGUCCUGUUCUCUGAACUGGACAGUUCAUGUGCGAAGCAUUCAAUAUUCUUCUGAACAAAAAUGCAGUUAUUGCAGAUGACGCUGUCCAGAAGGAAAA